AAAUCAACGCGUCGAGAUCGACUGAUGAUGUCUGUCGAACCAACAUGGCGGCGUCCGCAGAUUCGCGUGCGCUUUUCACCGACGGAGUGAGAGCGGUCCUGCACACUUGGCCGGUUCUGCAGAUUGCAGUGGAUAACGGUUUUGGAGGUGUGUACGGGCAACAGAAAGCUGAUUGGCUGGUGGAUGUUGUCCAGCAGUAUUUCCAUGACAACGAUGACCUGGCGCAAGAUGAAGUGGAAGAUUUCAUCAGCACCCUCAUGGAUCAAGAGUUUCAGACUGUGGUGGACGAUGGAAGUUUACCCCAGGUGUGCGUCCGACUGGUGCAGAUGUUCAGUCAGUGGCAGCAGGGGGCGCUACAGCAAUUGUCUGACUCCAUCCAAUUGCUGACCCUGAACCAGACGUCCAGAGCAAAGGUCACGGCCCAGCCGUCAGACUCGGACAGUGAUGGCGAAACUCAGGAGAUGGAGUUUGAAAGUGCAUCAGUCAACACAACAAAUCCUCCUCCUCCUCCUCAUGAAGACAAAGAUGGAUGGACGCUGGUUGGAAAGAGGAAGUGACACAGGAGAUGAUGACCUUAGACGUUUGGACUUUGAGGAGUUGCCAGCACAUGUUUGAUGUGUGACAUUCACAUUUGGGGCAGCUGAUUCCGUUUGUGUGCAGCAUAACAGCUAAACUCUGCAUCCCCGGUUUUGCUUUGAACUUUGGGCUCCACUAAUUGACAGCAGAGCUCGGAGAUCUACUGGGUUGGUAUUCAAUUAGCCAUUGUUUCCUGAUUUUCUUAACGCAUUCACAAAUUAAACCAUCCUUUAAUUUAUAGA